UAGUUGGAGGCCGCGGCGGCUGCGCGUCGAGUCGUUUCCGGCCGGAUGACCCGAGCCUUUUACGCAGUCGCAGGACGGGCGCUUAGGUGCCGGCCGCAGGCAGUGUUUGUCAGUCGUCUGGUCUGGAGAACUAGUCCUCGACUCACGAGUGCAAGGAUGAUGCUGAAAGGAAUAACAAGGCUUAUCUCUAGGAUCCAUAAGUUGGACCCUGGGCGUUUUUUACACAUGGGGACCCAGGCAAGCCAAAGCAUUGCUGCUCACCUAGAUAACCAGAUUCCAGUUGACAGUCCCAGAGCUAUUUCCCGCACCAUUGAGAAUGACCCGGCCAAGCAUGGGGAUCAGCACGAGGGUCAGCACUACAACAUCUCCCCCCAGGAUUUGAAGACUGUAUUUCCCCAUGGCCUUCCUCCUCGCUUUGCGAUGCAGGUGAAGACAUUCAGUGAAGCUUGCCUGAUGGUAAGGAAACCAGCCCUAGAACUUCUGCAUUACCUGAAAAACACCAAUUUUGCUUAUCCGGCUGUACGAUAUCUUCUGUAUGGAGAGAAGGGAACAGGAAAAACCCUCAGUCUCUGCCAUGUUAUUCAUUUCUGUGCAAAACAGGACUGGCUGAUACUACAUAUUCCAGAUGCUCAUCUUUGGGUGAAAAAUUGUCAGGAUCUUCUGCAGUCCAACUACAACAAACAGCGCUUUGAUCAACCUUUAGAGGCUUCAACCUGGCUGAAGAAUUUCAAAACUACAAAUGAGCGCUUCUUGAACCAGAUAAAAGUUCAAGAGCAGUAUGUCUGGAAUAAGAGAGAAAGCACUGAGAAAGGCAGUCCUCUGGGAGAAGUGGUUGAACAGGGCAUCACACGGGUGAGGAACGCCACAGAUGCAGUUGGAAUUGUGCUGAAAGAGCUAAAGAGGCAAAGUUCUUUGGGUAUUUUUCACCUCCUGGUGGCCGUGGAUGGAAUCAAUGCUCUUUGGGGAAGAACCACCCUGAAAAGAGAAGAUAAAAGCCCGAUUGCCCCAGAGGAAUUAGCACUUGUUCACAACUUGAGGAAAAUGAUGAAAAAUGACUGGCAUGGUGGCGCCAUUGUGUCAACUUUGAGCCAGACUGGGUCUCUCUUUAAGCCCCGGAAAGCCUAUCUGCCCCAGGAGUUGCUGGGAAAGGAAGGAUUUGAUGCCCUGGAUCCCUUUAUUCCCAUCCUGGUUUCCAACUAUAACCCAAAGGAAUUUGAAAGUUGUAUUCAGUAUUAUUUGGAAAACAAUUGGCUUCAACAUGAGAAAGGUCCAUCGUUUAGUUUUUUCCUAUCAGGGCUUUGUGAUCACAGUAGAAUCCCACUCAGUCAGAGCCUUGAUCUCUUCUUCCAUCAACAACAGCCUCUAAUUUGUACUUUAUCCUUUAUCUUGACUUCUUUCUGGCUGAUAAAUGGUACAGAAAGGUGGGUGGAAGGUUGUUAUGGUUUAAUUUACAAAAGAGAUUUUAUCCCUAAAUAUUUCAUGAUAAAGAAGGGAGCAAAACCAACUCCAUCCACUGGGCAGAGUUUCCAGGUAAUUGGGUUCCUGCCACAUUCUCCUUAAUGAAUUUAUUCAUUCAACAGACUUCACUUGAGAGAUUCAUUCUGGAACACCCAUAGAAUAAUUCAUACUGCGCAAAGGCUACUCCAGCACCUAAGUAAAUCUUUGCCACACCUGUCCUAGUAGAUGUACAGAAAUUAACUUUCAGCACCAUAUUUCAUCUAUUCUGAAAGCAUUCCAGCUGUUCAUUUAUUUGCCCUUGACCUCACCUUUGAAUAUGAGAGGGGAUAUAGAAGAAAAGCUAAGGCUGUUCUAUCACUAGAUAAUAGAAAGUUAAUAGUAAUUGGAGGCCUGGUGCAGUGGCUCACGCCUGUAAUCUGCACUUUGGUAGGCCAAGGUGGGAGGAUCACUUGACAUUGGCAGUUUGAGACCAGCCUGGUUUAUAUAGUGAGACCCUGUGUCUAUUGAAAAAAGCAAAAAAAAAAAAAAAAAAAAAUGUACUAAUUGGAAUAGCUUAUUAAAGGAGUACAGUGAAGAGUGUGAGACUAACUGCAGCAUGUUAAGUUGGGACACACAACGGACAGAUUUCUAAGAGUUGGGAGACUGACAAAAUCCUGACGUCCAGAAGACACUCUUGGAGUGGAAGGAGAGCUCCAUGGUGGAUUGGAGGAGUAGACACAGAAAAGGAAGUAAUGCAUACAAAAGAAGAGUAGCUUGUUGGGGUAAGGUCUAGAAGUAAGAUCUCUUGGGAGAUGAUAAUCACCUCAGAACGUAAUUUGGAUAUAGUCGCCUCUGACUACACCAUUUCCUGGGGAACACAGUGCAGCAGGAAACUGCCACUUACUUGUGUUUGUCUCCAUUUUAGCUCCUACAGAAGAAGGGAAAAAAGAACUACUGUUCCUAAGUAAUGCGAACCCCUCGCUGCUGGAGCGGCACUGUGCCUACCUCUAAGCCACGAUCACAACAUGUGAGGAAGACAGUGGACAUCUCCUUUUGGCUGGAUCUAGUGAGAUGAGGAAGUUAGGCAGUACACAGGAAGAGGAGCCAGGCCCUUGUACCUAGGGGAUUGGACAGGACUGCAGUUGGCUCUAGACCUGCAUUAAAAUGGGUUUCACUGUGAAUGCGUGACAAUAAGAUGUUCCCUUAUUCCUGAAACUUCUAUUGGUUUAUUGGAUGUGGUUUUUCACAUGUAAGAUAAUUGUGGCUCUUUUCCUAAAAAAUAAAAUACCUUUCUAAA